CGGCGGAGAGAGAUGGCCGGGAAGGGAGGCAAGGGUCUGCUCGCGGCAAAGACGACGGCGGCCAAGGGAUCCGCCGACAAGGACAAGGACAAGAAGAAGGCGCCCGUGUCCCGCUCCUCUCGCGCCGGGAUCCAGUUCCCGGUGGGCCGUAUCCACAGGCAGCUCAAACAGAGGGUCUCGGCCAAUGGCCGGGUUGGUGCCACUGCUGCUGUAUACUCUGCAGCGAUCCUUGAGUACCUGACUGCUGAGGUCCUGGAGCUGGCUGGCAAUGCUAGCAAGGAUCUUAAGGUGAAGCGUAUCACCCCUCGCCACCUGCAGCUUGCCAUCCGUGGAGACGAGGAGCUUGACACCCUUAUCAAGGGCACCAUUGCUGGCGGUGGUGUCAUCCCUCACAUCCACAAGUCGCUCAUCAACAAGACCUCCAAGGAGUGAAUGGAUGCAACAGUGCGUUGUCCCUGUAGUGUAUCUUCGUGACCCCCUUUAUGUUAUGGUUUGUGGUGUUGGUAUUGUCAGAACCUGAAUUAGCUGUCGUUUGUUGAAUUUGUGAUGGACUACCUUCUGGUAACAGCUUAUUAAGGAUGCCUUUGGAGCAGAUGUAAUCUUGAUGUAGAACUACUGAUAUCAUAUCCCGUCGUAUUGAAGACUAGCUAAUCUUUGUUUGUU